CCAAACCCCUUUGGGAUCCACAUAGCUUAGACUUAGGUUAAUUUUGUAAAAUGGAGCAUAUCGUGGUAUUUUUUGCCACAGUCAUUUUACUGUCGACGCAAGUGAAAACGACGGAGAUUCAAAAUUGUGACUUCUACGACACUGUUAAUAUUAACAACGCUCAAAUGUAUUCGAAUGGCUCUUACCUAUAUGACGGCUUACUCAUUCCCGCCGAAUUGACGGGUGAAUAUAACUUCAUGGUGCUGCCCGACGGUUCCAAGAAGAACGUGCCGAGCCACAUGAGAGGAUGUGUCUGCAAACUGAAGCCGUGUCUCAGAUUUUGCUGCUUUCAUAAUCUGAAAACAGUCAGAAAUCCUGCCCAUAGCGUGUGCAAUAGUGAGUUGUCGAGGGACGAACUCGAAAGUCACAAUCGCUAUGUAAACGUGACCCUCAGCAACGGCACGGUGGCCAAAAGGCACUUUAAGGAGGAUCUAAUCGUCCAAUCGGACCUUCCCCUGCCCUGUGCUGGCCAGAAGAUGUUCCGUGCAGAUCACACACUUCCUGACAACGGCUUCACUUUAUUUGAGAAUGGAACCUUUCUACGCCACUGGGGCCAUAAGUUUUUGGAGAAGCGGCAAUACUGCGUCCAACAUAAUGAGUUCAAGGAUGAAAAUAUUCGAAUUGCCCCCCACUUUUGCGAAAUUGAUGAUGCCUCGCCGUGGGGCAAGAUCGUCGUGCUGACAAUAUCAUUGAUAUGUAUGGCUCUUACGAUCAGCGUUUACCUGUACGUCAAGAAGCUGAGGAACUUGCACGGCAAGUGCUUCGUGUGCUACAUGGUGGCCCUGUUCAUGGGUUACCUACUUUUGCUCCUCAACUUGUGGGAAGUUUGGGAACUAAAGUCAGGCUCCUGCACUACAGUGGGGUUCCUGGGCUACUUCUUCAUCUUGGCGGCGUUCUCCUGGCUUUCCGUCAUCAGUCUCCACCUCUGGGUAACGCUAGCCCUCCCCCCCGAUUCAAUCUACCGCUUCCUGCCGGAACAUCGGUUUCGGGCCUACAACAUUUACGCCUGGGGGUUGGCGCUGGCCUUCACUGGGGUCACCUUCCUGGCCGAUAGGGUCAUUGAGAACGACAACUGGAGACCUCGUAUUGGCACCAACCAAUGUUGGAUCUAUACUGUUGCAGACACAGCCAUCCUUUACUUAUAUGGGCCAAUACUGUUGUUAAUUGCCUUUAACAUAACCAUGUUUAUCCUGACGGCUCUCAGUAUAGAGAAAGUAAAAAAUUGUGUCAAGAGCAAUAGGACAAGAUCGGAAAAAGAAGUUUACACGCUUUACUUGCGGCUAUUCAUUACCAUGGGUUUGUCAUGGACCUUAGAGAUAAUCUCCUUUCUGGUUCGACAUAACGAAUUGUGGUCUAAAAUUUUACGAGGCGCUGACUAUUUAAACCGAUCUCAGGGUACCAUCAUAUUCGUUCUGUUUAUUUUAAAGCCUAGCACUUUGGAACUCAUAAAAAAUCAACUGUAUCCACAGCGCACUUUCAGUGGCAACUAUUCAAGAUCCACAGAAACCCGAACGAUGACUGGCGGAAGAGCGGGCCUGGACGAGAGUACUGUAUAAAUCCAUUGGGGGAAGUGGAGAAGAAGCAACUCUUCCGAACUCCUCAACAAAAGAAUUUUCUCAAGCUGCUAGCAUAGAAACAGUACUUAUUUUUAUACCCGUUACUUGUAGAUUAAAGGGUAUACUAUAUUCGUCAGAAAGUAUGUAACAGGUUAUAGGAAGCGUUUCAGCCCCAUAAAGUAUAUAUAUUUUUGAUCAGGAUCACUAGCCUAGACGAUCUAGCCAUGUCCGUCCGUCCGUAUACAGUUUUAAUGAUAGGACCAAAAUUUUAACUAAAAUGUAUUUUUCUCAUCAAUACCUAUCGACUCACCAAAAAAAAUGUGCCACACCCACAUAAAUCUGUCUGCCGCCCACAUAACAUCUACUGAAAUAGCCGGUAGGUGGCGCCCUAAAAUAUCGCUUUUCUGUGUAUAUAUCUUCAUUAUCCUUUUGCUCCUUUAAGCUGGGUAACGGGUAUCUGAUAGUCGAGGCACUCGACUAUAGCGUUCUCCUUUGUUUCUUAAUCAGUUGUUUGUCAACCGGAAUUUUUUUUGCGUAAUGGGCACUUAUUAAGAACAACGAUCAUAACGAACUGCCAACGAAUUCUCAGAUAAGGUUAGUGCCAAACUGUGUAUUCGUUUUUAAAAUACCGGAAGUCGAUUAUUAUAUUAAUAAAUAAAAAUUGAAAUACUGAACAUUUGUAGUAAAAUUUAGGAACAUUUUCGCAAAAGAAGUUCAGUACCAGAUAUUACAGCGCUGACUUUA